AUGCACCAGUGUGAUAACACGCCGGGAAGCUUUAACUGUUCUUGUAAUGAGUUUUUCGUGGUAGAUCCAGCAGAUUGGAGAAAGUGCGUGGGUAUGCAUUGUAUUUCUUUUUUCUUGUCUUUUUGUCUGUAGUAACACCCAUUUAUUUAUUUGCCAUGGGAGGUUUUCUGCCAAUAGUAAUAUUGAAAGUGUAAGUACGUAACCGUUGGAAUUUGACUGAUUAUAUAAUCGAUCAACGGGAUGAUUUCUGAUCAAUAGUUUUGUUUUUCUUACUUUUUAGCAACGAACCCCUGUUCUCCAGAUCCUGGCUGUGACCAUGUGUGUUUCAGCGAUGCCAAUAAUCAGCCAAACUGUGACUGUUUUGCAAACUUCGAACUUCAGAGUGAUGGAAGGACAUGUACAGGUACUUGAUAUUAUAAGGAUUCUGCCUUUGUUGAUAAUGAAGGCGCGAAACAAAGCCGACCUGGCAGAGGUGUCAAUCAUAUUUCCUAACUAAGCAGCCCAUAUAUAUUAUGCAUAACAAAGAAUAAAAAAUUAUUCAGCAGAAACAAAGGCAAAACAGUAAUUUAAGUAGUAAGGAGGGAUAAAUACAAGAUACGUGUAAGUAUUGUCAUCAUUACCGACAAGAAAGGAUAGAGCUUUAUCCUCUCUUGUUACCGAACCACCGUAACAACAUGCUCCUUGCGAUGGAAUAACUGUAACAAAUUCUUCCAACCCCUCUCGUGUUUGUAUCAGGCUAUGCAAACACGAAAAACGUUUUCUAUUCCUUAAAUAUAUAAAUGGAUCCCGCGUUUUGACUAAGGGCUGUUGCAAGCAAUCCCCCCUUCCUCCUGUCACCCCCAUAACGUAUGCUAAACAGGCUUACGAAUAUCUUUCUCGUAUACACUAGAUUAUUCCUUACCCAAAAUCCAACUUUACGUAGAGGCCAGACGGUAUAUCAGUCAAAGGACGACAACCCGUUUCAGUACGUGGGUCUCAGGAAACUCAUAUUUUCACCACAAAAAAUGCACAGAAUCCAGAAUCGGUUUGCUGCAGCUUGUAAAUGUCGCUCAUUUUCACACACCCGCGAGUCGCCGAGGUUUAAGCACUACGCGAUGUCUUCUGUGCAUGUUAGCUCUUUAGCUGGGAUAUACUUAAAUUAAGCAUUUUUUCUCAGACAUCAACGAGUGUGAUCCGGCUACGCCUCUCCAUCGAUGUAGCCAUAUCUGUCAGAACAUCCCUGGAGGAUAUAAUUGCUCUUGUCCAGGAGGAUAUCGAUUAUCCGACGAUGGGUACACUCGCGAUGGUAAUGUUUUGGUCUUUUUUUCCAAUAACUAAGUACAUUUGUACGUUAAGAUAACACCAGCAGUGUGAGUUCUCCCUUAUUUUUGGAGAAAAUUUCAUUUUGUUCUAGUUCUCCUAGCGAGACUGAUAUUGCCAGUCAAUCAUAUGCCCCGAACACACCUUUGACUUAGGCCUUAACGCCCUUGAGUACUGAUAAAACCUACUACGGUCAACUGUCCUCGGGACAGAAACCGUAUGGGCCACUUGCCUGUCUUAUGGGGAGUCGAAGGAAAUUUAGCCUUAAGGGUCCGAUAUGGGGCUACAAGGACGAACUCUUUGUCUAUGUUAAGGAGGCUAUAUUUCCAUCUUAUAGGGGUGUCUGACACUGUAUUAAAUGGUUGUCAGCCUAACAGAGCCGAAGAAAAUUCAGUUCUAAGGAAGCGUUAAGGAUCACCGUUUUAGGGAACGUAUCCACCGUUUUGUCUAUUUAAUAAUUAAGUGGCUGUCCACCUAAGAGCGAUCCGGCGAGUUUGGGAUCGCCAGUAAACCUUCCCUUUAUUUUUUGUGGGUGAAAAGGACUUAAUGAGGAAUGAUUAAAAUCGAGCUAAGUUUUUUCAAAAUCUUUUUCUGUGCUUCGCUACAGCACAAAACUUCUUUCCUGUCUGAGAGCGCUUUUUCAACUUUAUUCAAUGGCCAAAAUUCAGUAAUUUUAAAAGCCGCGCGUCUUCGUAACGGAUAAAUAUCGCGAAAUUGUACAUAGUACAAUGGACUUAGCUGCAUUUAAAUUGUCCUAUGACGGAAUCUUGGAUAAUUUGACGCAAAAUAAAAUAAAAUUAAUAAGAUCAAAGACGAGCCACUUUGCGGUUUUUUUGUUCCCUUGACAAAUUCCUCCAAAGUAAAAGCUAAAAUCUCCAAAGCGGUACAAAAAUCACAGGCAAAAUGCACUUCACAGCAAAGACCUUACCUUAUUCUGUUAGAAAAUAAAGUCAAAUUAGGUGCGGGUAUCAUUCUGCGUCGGACGCGAACAGGCGUUUUUGAGAGCUCUUUUUGUCAAUAUUUACCUAAAAUUGCACGUUUGGCGCCUACACUUAAACUCAUAUGAUAAGGUUGAUAUUUUUCCCACGGGGCAGAAUCUUGGUAUGCUUCGUCAAAAUAACGCACAUUUGUUGUUUCAUAAGCCAUCUUAGGCCUGUAAACGGGCAUAAAAUGUCAUAAAAUACAUGUAGGAAUUCUUCAUCUACUCGUAUAUUAUGCAAAUUUAAAAGCUCCUUUACAGCGGGUUGUCGAUUUCAGCAAUUUUCAAAAUCAUGAAGAAAACAAUUCACUUCUGCUCAAACGAAGCCCUUUUUGAGUUUGGAGUCUCAGCAAUUAAAAGGCUCUUUAAUAAAGACUGAAUUCAGCUCAAUUUCCUUUUGGGUUUUCUUCAUGGUCAUAUGCUAAUUAGGAUUGUUGCCACGCAAUGAAAACGGAUUUGGAGCAAGCAAGUUGGUGCCUCUUAGUCAAUGUAACAGGUGAGCGUUAUUACGGCUCAUUCGAGGCGAUGUCACUUAACGAAAGAAAAUAUUACAGAGAGCGAACUUACUUUUCAGCGGACUGGGUAUUUUGGUAAAACUGCCCAACAAGGUGAAAAAAUGUUUGUAUGUCCGAUACAUCGUGCGACCCUAGGGAAGGACUGGGGUACAUGUAAUCCGACUGGCCGCACAGAAUGCCGAUAUCCAGACCAUAAGGGAAAACAGACUUGUGCCGGUGAAAAGUUAGAGUGUCGGGGUCAGACGGUAAAAAUUGCCGCCAACCUAGAAACUUCCAAAAUCUCCUAGUGGUGUCUGCAAAUUCGAGGCUAGCGGAUGGGCGGCUGCAGAAGUUAAGGGGAGGCGGGACAAGGUUUAGCGAGAAAGUCAAGUCUUACCUCACCGCACGAUUUGAUGUUGAUACACAAACAGGCAGGAAACCAGACCUUUCUGAGGUCGCAACGGACAUGAAAACGACCAGAAACACAGGUAGUUCAAGAACGUUCCAGAGACGAAUGGCUUACAACGGGACAAGUUCAAUCAUUCUUUUCCAGACUGUCUGCAAUCAGCAGGAAAAAAAAGGCUGACCAAAGCCGAGAAUGUUGAAAUUUGUGACGAAGGAGAUUUGCUCUCAGUGCUCUUGCAAGAAGAAAUUGCGUUUCUUAUUGAUGAACGUAGAGACGCAAGGAGGUCGAAGAUAUUUUCACCAAGAUGGGCGUAAUACAACCCAUCAGGUACGAUGGCCAUGAUAUCUGCGAGCAGGCCAACCAAGAAGUAAUCUCAAAAUUCAAUGUGAAAACAUCUGCGAAUAUUUUGAACUGUCGUUCAAAUCUUAAGGCACAAAUACUGCUCUAAUAAAUACAAUCACAGACAUGGUGAAAGAAUGCAGUUACUGCCGCACCACCCCGUAAAUGGCCAGGGACUGGCAAAUUGCCACAUUGCAUUGGGGUGGGCCGAGUUGCCUAGAAAAUUUCUAUUGUUUCUAGGUCGAGUCCGUGGAAGUGUUUUCUCUGGAGUUUCGUAUACAGUUUGAAAGUUUAAAUUUCAAGGUAUGUUGUAUGCUUGUAUAAGACGAAUAAUCUCAAGUAACUUAUAACUUGACAUCAACCCUUGAAAGUAUGUGACCUGCUUUUUCGUUCAGUACUUUAUUUACAAUACUAGCAAAAGAGCAGGCCCCAGUUGUUCAAAAGUUGGGUAGGGCUAUCCAUCGGAUGAAUCUCUAUUCAACUGAUAAGUAUUACGGAAACCAUUUGCUCUAUCCAGUGAAUAGUGAUUAACACGGUGGAUAGCGCUAUCCACCUAUUGAACAACUGGGCCCCAGAAAGAUAAAAGUUGUCCGCAGGACAGUUUUUUUUCCUUUGAUAGAUAUGAGUUAAGAUCAUUAUUGUCACACUUUACGUUUUGGCAAUAAGAAAUAAAUAACGUAAAAAAGUCACCAAAUGCAUAUCAGCGGCACCCAACGACUGUUUUCUGUGAAAUAUCUGUUCGGAGAAGCAUAAUUGCCUAGAAUUUUCUAUAGCUUGAGGAAGACUAAACAUUUAUUAGAUGACCAUUCCAUGCUUGUACAAUUUUCGAAGCUAAUCUAAUAAAUUCCCUACAAUUUUCUGAAGUUUAAUUUUUCCUAUUUCAAACCCCAGGUUAAGCUAUUUUUCGUAGAGAAAGGAAACCUAAAAUUCCCGGAACCGAAAAUGCGAUACAGAAAGGAAUCAGAAAAAUCCUAACUUUUGUAAAACUUUAAAUUGCAGCUAAAAUUUUCGGGAAAAAAGACUCACGGUUACCCUAGUAUGACCCAACAGAUAAAAAUCUUUUCAGCGUCACUUGGAAUACAUUUCUAGAGAUCUAAAAGAACUUUGGAUAGCCUAAAAAGUGUUCUCAAUGCAUUUUAAGAGGAAACAGUCGUUGGGUGCCCCUGGCAUAUAAUAGGAGCUAAGGAUUUUUUCUGGUAAUGAAUCAAUUUAAUUACAAGCAAUGUGGCACUUUACGUGUUCUUGGGCGUGGACCGUUCGAUUAUUGAUGGGGGUGGGGGCUGCAUUAAUUUUAGCUUCUUGAUAAAGCUGUAUAUAUGUAUGUAUAUAAUAGAAGUAGACUGAUGGGGCUGGAUUAUAUCUUGAACAUUUAUUGCUACUCAGAGUUUCAUGCCUCUUGCGAGGCGAAUCAUCAGGUAAAACAAAACAAUAAAUGUCAGGCGUGGCGUUGGUGCGUGGCGCGUCGUACUUAAGUGAUGCUCACAACAUGUCAAAUUUGCGACAAGAACUAACCAAGUCAGGACAGUGUUUAGUAGAAAUUUGUUUGAGUGUUUGCAACCUGAGAUUAGUUCAUUUCUAUUGUCCAGGGUAGACAUUAUACAGGCUUACAAAUUAUAAACAGCACGACGAGCCACGCACCACGCCUAGUAUUUACUGUUCAGUUUUACCUAUAUCUUUGAUCGUAACCGUUCAUUUGGGCAGUUGCCUGAUGACUGCCGCGCAAGAGGCAUGAAGCUCUGUGUAGCAACAAAUGUUCAAAAUUUAAUCCAGUUUCAUCAGUCUACUUCUAUUCUGCUCUAGGUUAACUAUGGAUCAGGACACCCCCCUGGCACCUCGUUGUAUGUAUAAAAUAUAUUAUCCUUCCAGCCCUGUAAAAUUCUUUUUUAAUCUCGGUGUCCUUGUCCUCCCCCCACCCCCUACUAAUAAGGUAAUGGUUCAACCUUUAUUUGUUUAUGCAAAGAAAGGGAUCGAUACUGGAGGUAUAUUGCGUGACAAAAUAUGACUGAUGGCGUGUGGGACAAACGUUCAAUAUUACCCGCACUCGGAAAAAUAUUACAACAGACAUACCCUUCACCAAACUUAAAGUGAUUCUUAAUAAUUUCUCAAGAGCUACACGAGAAAAGUCACCCGAGGUGAGAGAAUCCGACAUGUUCAUGAUAAAUGAGGGAUAAACACAGAUGUGGGAAUUCAACAAUGAUUCAAAUCAUGUCAAAUGCUCGAAACGGAAAAAGAAACUCAAGUGGAAUAUGAGAUAAAUUUCUCUUUUAAAAAGGGUAUCCGGUUGCUGAGUUUCCAAGCUGAAGAUUGAUUACAUUUGAGAAGAAGUUAAUAACCGUACGUAGUUUGAGAUUUUAACAUAGCUGAAAUGGACAACCUGGCUGUAAACAAGCACGAUUUGCAUAUUCGACGGGUUGAUCAAGAAUGUCAGUUUACGACAUUUUUUUCGGCUUUCAUUUAUACUAACUUAAAAAGGCUAAUGAAAAGAAAACACAUGUUCGUUAUUUUGAGGAUACACAACAACAUUCUCAGCUGCUGAGAAAAUAUCUACUAAAUUAAAGUCGUGGUGUGUGAGCCGUUAAGCGGGCAAAUCUAUGCAAAUAAUGUCGAAAAGAGGCUCUUAAAAACGUUUGAUCACGUCCAACCCAGAACGAUACCCGCACCUUUGACUUUAUUUUCUGACAGAAUAAGGUAAGAUCUUUGCUGUGAAGUGCAUUUUACCUGUGAUUUUUGUACCGCUUUGGAGAUUUUAGCUCUUACUUUGGAAGAAUUUGUCAAGAGGAAAAAAAAACUGCAAAGGGGCUUGUGUUUGAUUUUAUUAAUUUAAUUUAAUUUUGCGUCAAAUUAUUCCAUAUUCCGUCAUAGGACAAGUCAAAUGCAGCUAAAUCCACUGUACUAUGUAGAAUUUAGCGAUAUUUAUCCGUUACGAAGAAGCGCGGCUUUUAAAAUCACCAAAUUUCGGCCAUCGAAUCAGGCUGAAAAAGUGCUCUCAGACAGGAAAGAAGUUUUGUGCUGUAGCGAAGCACAGAAAAGGAUUUUGAAAAUCAGCUCGAUUUUAAUCAUUCCUCAUUAAGUCCGUUUCACCCACAAAAAAAUAAAGGGAAGGUUUACUGGCGAUCCCAAACUCGCCGGACCGCUCUUAGGUGGACAGCCACUUAAACCACGAGUGCGCGUUGGAUAUUUGGUGGUAGUAGCCAAGGAGGCGCGUAGGGCCUCGUUGGCCGAUAUCAUCUCAUAUCCAACAAGCGCGAGUGGAAUAAUUGUUUUAUUAAAAACGCCCAUAAAAUAUCGAGAAUCAGGCUUCCCGACUUUAUUUGUUCAAACAACCGAUUUUCGGUUUGCUUUUCAUUUUUGAGCAGACGCGUACCGUUACCCUAUUUUGAAAGCACGAUAUAAUGGCUCAUAUACCAUGAUGGCUAAGCCAAUCAGAGCUCUAGAAUCGCAUCAUCCAAUGAUUCAGUUUUUCAUAAUUCCAAAUCUCCCAUAAUACGCUUUGUUUAUUCUCCCUGCCCCCAAAUUAUGCAUAACCUGUUAUUUUCAAAUGCUCCUGAGAAAAUUGCAUAUUCCGUAGAGUAUUGAAAACAAAACUUUAUGCAGCAUUUAGGGGCGGGCGGGUAAACAGAGUGCAAUAUGGGCGAUUCCAAAAUAGCCAAUAAAGAUGUCCUUUAAGUUAGUGUUCAAAUUGGCAAAAAACUGAAGUAUUAUAUAUUCCACAUUUUUUUUACUUUCCAGAUAUUAAUGAGUGUGUAGAUGACAGGUUGUUUAACUGCACGGACGUUCAAAGGUGCAUCAAUGACAUCGGUACUUACAGAUGUGACUGUGGAGAGAACCUUUUCUUUAUUGAUGGACAAUGCAGAGGUAAUGAUGUAAUGGGAACACAUAUGGUCAAUUAUUUGACGAACAGUAUCUUUAUUAGACUUAAGAUAAACUUUCGAUUAAAAUAUUCCAAGAAGCCUUCAGCUUGAGAUUGGAAAAAAUACUUUAUUCUACGAAGAAUUACUACAGUCACCUUCAGUAAGGUGUUUAUCACCAGAGACGGGUGUAGAAAAUCCUCCAACGAAAUCGAAGCGAUGAUCUUCAGAACUCUAGUAAUCGUUAGCAUGAGCUAGAUCUGACUGGGAAAAAUCGAAAAAGCUUUCAAAUAAUGAGUGUCCUUGAAUUGCCGGGUAUAGAGAUUUUUGCUAUUUAAGAUUUCAUGGCCACGGCCCGAAACCUUUUGAACAGUCGAAUGGGGCUUCACUGAAGGAAGAAGAUAAGAAAGUUAAAACCCGCGACGUCACAGAUAUUCAGUUAAGACAUCUAUGUCUCCAAAUAGGAUUCUGAAUGUUGACUUAUCUUAUUUCCUCAAGUGUACAAAACUUUUUCAUAGAUUUUAGAAAAUAAGAACCUGUUUCAAAUUUAAAGCUAAACAGGUUCUUGUAUAUAAGGGUCCUAACUGGCAAAUUGUAGCCUAACAGGUUCCUAAAAACCAGGUUCUUAGCCGUGCGUGUUUUUAACUGCGAUAAUUGUUAUUACGUCAUAGCUCUGGAGAUAAACGAGACAGCCCCUACCCCCUCCGCUUGCUGAGCCGCGAACGCCAUCAGCAGAAGAACAACUGGAGGCGGUGCAGAUAACCAUUCUUUAUAAUAGCACUGUAAGCAUUUUUUCUCGUAUUAAUUCUUAGUAAUUGCGUGUCUUUCUUCAAACGAUUUAAUGCGAGGAAAAAUAUACAUAUGCCCCCGCCCCCCGCCCCCGCCCCCUCCCCAUCAUCUAUGCAAAAAGUGUUCGUCAAUGAUAUCAAUUAUAAACUUCUUGAAGUUGGUGAAACUCACUUAAAAAAAAAAAUCACAGCAUGUAUAUUUGGUUUGUGAGGAAAGGUUUAUAUUAUAAUGGUAAGUCAGUUGUACGUAAUCUUAAUAUUGUACAACGUGACAUUAAUAAUGGUAAUUGAUGUAUUUAGUCUGAAAUCAUACACGUGAUUUCCAUUUGAAAUAGCGCUAUGAUUCAGAACAAACUUAAACUACACUCAGUUCAAUCACCACUUUAUUACAACCAUUUUGAAAUCACAGAAUUCAAACAGUCAGUACCAAUAUUUAUUUGAUCUAGUAGCCAGUUUGUUGAAAAGCGGAAACAAAGGGCUUUUUCAUCUUACUUUGUACCCGAAACAGAAAUGAUGUAAUAGAGGGCGAAAAUGGUGCGCGAUUUAAAACAGGAAUAAUGCAAUUUAGAACAUGAAUGACGCGAUUUAGAACAAAUGUUAUUUAGAGCAAAAAAUCGUGUGACUCGUGAAUAAAUCACACUGCUGAGAGCCAGUCAGAUUGCAGGGAUCACCAGUGAUUUCAAAAUGGAUAAAAUACAUCGCUGAUAUAAUAUAAUUAUUGCAGCACGAAAGCAAUAUUGCGGUGUCCAAGUUGUGUACCUUUCAGACCUACUUAUCGGGACACUAACUAUCUUUUUACUCUCUGUUUACUUGUUGUUUGAUAGUUCAAAUGGGAUUAUACAACAGACCAGGCUUUUAAAGAAAUAAUGGCGUCCGUUGCGUCCGAAUAUUGUAAUGUGAACAGAACAGAAUGUGCAUUAACCGUUACACGGCAAGAAAGGUAACUUAGUUAUUAAUGGAUCACGAAAGCUGUUGUCGUUUACAUUCAAGAUCUAGGUUGCAAUAGUUUUCCUGAUAAUUUGAUAAAACUAUCAGUCAAAAAACAAAAUGGACUAGUUUGUUAUCCCGCACAUUUUUUCUUAAGAUUAAUAUUUGUGUGUUUGAUUACGGGCUCGAAAAGUUACGGGGACUUAUUGAGACACCGGCCCCCUGUGUGUCUUCACCUAGUGUACGAGAGAGAGGGUGUUUCAAACGACAUCUAAACACAAAUAAUUGGGUGGAGUAACAUCGACGUUGUCUAAGUCGACUUUUUAAAGUUAAUUGUUACUUAAGAAAUUAACUGAGAUAAUUUAUUAGUCCCUACGCAGCAGUCUUAGUGUUUUCAUCGUACAACACUUGGGGAGGAACAUUACGCGACGACAAAAAACGGUUACGAGUGAUACUAAUAAUUCAUUUAUUUAUUGUUUACUUAUUUAAUGGAUUAUAAUAAUAUUGAUUGAUUGAUUGAUUAAGUCAUUAAUACGCCUUUUUUUUUUGUCUGUUUGUUUGUUUGUUUUUUUUUUCUCAUCAGAAUCGACCUCUAUUUAUCUUUGCGAGUUCAUCUUCUCCCUGGUUAUCCUAGAAACGCCUCGGGUGCUUUGCUCGUCGCUUUUUACGUUCAGCAGCCAGUGGGACUUUUUAUUGGAAACCAAUCAGUACUCCCUAGCAGCGCACUAGUUGAAAUUAUUCAGCUUUAUGAACGACAGAUUGAAGCCGCAAUUGGCGCCAAUAUAACUGGUGUGGAAGCUCUUUUCAAGCCUACAUCCACACCUACAGAAUUACCUGUCGCACCAACCAGCAGUAGUGAUGACACCGUGUGGAUUAUAAUUGGUGUUCUUGGUGGAUUGGUCCUUCUACUUUUGAUAAUUUUAAUUGUCGCGUUUGUGUAUAGAAGGUAAGAUAUGUUGACAUAUAGGAAAUAAGAAAUAUUGUUAAUCAGUUUUUCAUAUCGUGCAGUUUAAAAUGACAGUUGAACCUCCAUUAAGCGGCCAGUAAUCAAAGUCCCGAAAUAACUGUAGAAAAGAAUGAGAAAUUAAACCUCUAUUAAGCGGCUACCGUUUGUCCCAAAGAGAGUUCUCCCCAUCAAGCGCGUAAUACACUUAGUUUGACUUCAAUUUAGAAUAUGAUAAAGGAAAAUACAGUCUGAGAUAGAAGGUGACGGCCGAUUGUGGACCAGUAAUGUUUCUCCCGUCGCGCGUUUGUUUAAAAAGAAACUGAUGUUUCUGCCAACGAUCAUGGUACAGUCGAAACUCCUGACCAACAGGCAGCGUGGCCGAGUGGUCACUGACCACUGGUCAGCGCGUCGGACUCGCAAUCUGGUGGUCCCGGGUUCGAGUCCCGCUCUGGCGAGUUGCUGGAUUUGUUCUCGGUCGUCCCGAACUCAAAUCCUGGGUCACGCUUGUAAAUAGCCAACUGGUUGCCUCCUGCCUGUUGGGGUUUUAAAUCCUGUUAUGUUGUAUUUGAAUUAUUUGUUUUCUAAGUAUUCACUGAUUGUAAAGCGCUUUGGAUCGCUAAGAGAAAGGCGCUAUAUCAGUGUAUAUUAUUAUUAUUAUUAUUAUUAUUAUUAUUAUCUCUCGACAGCGGCCACUUUCUUCUGGCCCCAAGGUGGCCGUUGUGGAGAGGUUCAACUGUAAUUUACGACGAACCACCUCUAUUGAGAGUCCAACCUCCAAUAAGCGGCCACUUGCCGGUACCCCGAGGGUGGCCGCUUAAUAGAGGUUCAACUCACUGUUUGAGGUUUCCUGGAAUCAUUCGUGCUUGCUCAAAGCUGUUUUACAAAGAAAACUCACUGAACGCAAAAAAAAGGACUUCCUAUACAGCGUACUUAAGGUUAUUCGUCUGAAAUAGAAACUACAGGGAAAUUUUUGUCAAACUUUACCGCUUAAUUUCUUUGAACUCCAAAACUAAAUAUGAUUAUAAUUAUGUGCGAAUAGACGUUUUGAACACGUUUCUGACGAUUUUUUUUUUCUGCUCUGAGAAUUAGUCUACAUUUUAGAGAGGAAAGCCACUGUUCAUUUUCAAAGAAGGGAAAAAGUGAUCGGACACCAAACUCAUUUAAAAGAAAAUGAAGAUUUAACUCUCUUGGAUUCCCCUUAUUGAGGCCCGAAGAAAAAAAAAAAAAAAUUUUUGGAGACCGCCCCCCCUUAUCUCAGGGUCUGGAAUCCGGAAUCCUUCCAAUUUUUGCUGUGCAAUCUGGAAUCCUGACCUUUGGAAUCCAGAAUACAGCUCAAGGAAUUCGGAAUCAAAGUAAGGAUUGGUAUCCAGAAUCCAAGUUCCACUGACAAAGAAUCAGGAUUCCAGUACCUGGAAUCCUGAAUCCAUGGCAUGGAAUCCAGAGUCUAAGACCGUCUUGGCUUUCUUUACAUGGGGCGACCAGCUAUAAAAAUACUUGUUUAAUAUAUAGAUUUAGCCAGGGCUAAAAGCGAAGCUCUCAAUUGUAAUAAAUUUAUAAUUUAAAUCAAACAACAAACUUUUAAUCCACAAAUCAUUCAACUUAAGGGCACAUUCAUGUGACUUUUGAGGGAAAGGCUAAGUUAUUUUAGAGUGAAACAUCUUACAUCGAAUUGAUAACCUUAUAUGUACACCCAAAAAUAGCAAACAUCUUCGAUCACAUUCAAGAUCACAGUAGAUAAUGAUUAGGCCUCGAAAACAAAUUCUUGGAAAACAAAUCACGCCAAAGUUUUUUGCGUUCGACAGGUUUACUUUACAAAUUCUUGCCAACAAAUCUGGGGUGUUUAAACCAACCUUUUAUAAUUUUCAUACACCACAUUUGAGGUGAAACAGUACUAUUUAUCAUACAGAGCUCGGACAGAAUGCGGUAUUUCACAAUUUUUCAAGACAAAUUGCACUCGGUCAAUAUUCAGGACGAGCCAAACCGUUCAAAAAUUUCAGAAAAUUUCCAAAAUCACCCAUACAGCCAGCUGGUUCUCGUUUCUAUAGUGCGAGCUGUCAGUGUGGUCGAGUGUUUGAAUGAACUUUAACAGAGUUACGCUUCAACAUAAUAGCGAAUUUAUUAUUAUUUGUUUUGUUAUUUAAUGGUUUCCGUUAUAACGAUGUGUAAUCUUAUAAAGCGUUUGAUACGCGCGACAUUUUUGAGUACUCCUGCAAGCGAUGGUCAUGAACGAUGAAAACAAACGGCACGGACAAGCGAUUAAAAUUGCAAGAGAGACUACUAACAAUCAAAAAAAGAGAUAUAAUUCCGUGAAACAUUUACAGAGACAAGAAUUUUCAUUCAUGAAGACAAGUAUUAAAGUGUCUCUAAAAAUCCUGAGUCUUUCAGCGUAAGGCUUAAGUUUAUGUUUUAGCCGGCUUCCCAGCGCGGUGUUUACUGUUUUCGAAGGUGAACUCCUCGAAGCAAGAAAAUCGCUCAAAGUUUUCUUUCUACAGCCAAAUUUAUAACUAAAUAUCCUUCGGAACGUUUUCUUUCUAUUUGUGGUGAGCAAAUAUAUCUGAAGGCUUUUUAAAGUUCUGUAAGCUUAUAUGAAACCUGCUACUAGGUCAGAUCAUUGACUCAAAUCCUGCAAACGUGCAUAAACUUAACGCAUAAACUGUCAGCGUGAACAGUGCAAGACUUCAUGAAACACAAACAUCAAAUACAAUAAUUACUUAGGCUUACCAUUCGAGAUUCAGUUCCUGAAAGCUAUCAAGGGAACCACAGUUGCUUGAGACUUUUAAACCCUCUUACGCACUAAGCAAGGUGAAAAACGAAAACGAUGCCAUCCGAAAUCGAAUUACCGAAUUUUGACAAGCGACGCAUUUCUCAACCAAAACCCGGUAAACCAACCAGCCAUGAAUAACAGAAGACUCUUGAUAGCAGCUGUAUUUCAUUUUUUACCUCCAGAGGAAAAAGACAGUUAAAAACAUCACAAGUUGACACAAAACUCUGUCAGCUUCAGCUGUCAAAGUAAACUACUUUCAAGAUGCUGCAUAAUUUUUCCGCAUAAACUCACCUGUCAAAUUUUGACCAAUCAGAGCAUAAAAAUUGGACGUAAAGCGUGACCAACGCGUGACCAUGGUAAGAUAAGGUCUUCCCCGCCUGUACUUUUAAAAAAACUGGAUGAAUUUUCGCUUCCGAGGUCAGUUUGAAAUCAAAAUCCUAAUAGUGCGGGGCCAUAGAGACAUAAACACAACAUAUUUGAUAUGAAUCCUUGGAAAAAAUAAACUUGAGCCUGCGAUCAUUUGAAACUGGUAAUUUGUCAGCGGAUAACUUUAAAAAAAUACUCGACCUCGAUGGGUCGACACUUGAGCCCGCGGUACGGCCAGGUGAUACUUGUCAGCGGAUGCCCUGUUUUGAUAGCUGUCAAUUGAUCACAACAUUGAUGUGCAGCCUGUGCAAUUAGUUUUCUCUUGGGCUCCCAAACUAGCUAAAAGUGUGAGAGUAAACAUUGGUUUUCCAGUGGUGCGGACGGACGGCGGGCGGUCGGUGUACGGUCACGUGAUUACCAAAUUUUCUGGGAUGGGUAGAUUUACUUAGCAAUGGGGCUCCGCCCACGCGCGCGCUUCGCGCGCGCGUGGAGCUCCGCUAUUAUUAUACUCAUAAUUUUAUACAACAGUGCACUAUUUAGUUCAUUUUCUGAAGAUUACCUAAAGAUUAUUAGUAAAAACAGCAUUUAAACGUUUUCAUUGGUUCUGUUUUUAUCAGGAGACACAAAGGGAAAUUAGAAAUAGACUGGCGAAGAUCAAACUGGAGUCGCGAUCUUGGAGGAGAAGGGCUUGAAGAAAUUUUUGAAAUCUUUAAUGACAACGGAUUCUAUGGACGAGAUAACAACCUAGAAGACUUAGGAGUACUCUGAAUAAUUCUGUUCAGGCUAUUUAUAAAUUUUGCUGUUUCAAAGAAACAAUUUUCAUAAGUCCCGUUUUCGAAGGACUAUUAGUGUAAAAGUUGCUUAUAAGAAAAACAGUUAUUUACGCGCGCGCUUGUUGAUAACGACUGUUCUGCUAAGAAGUUAAUGCACCUUUUUAGACUAUUGAAUAUAACUUAAAUUAGGGUGCGUCUGUCUCUUCCUUAUGUUUGGCCUAACUUUGUUAACGAAAGAGACGAUCCUCAAUUAA